AUGCUUCUAGAAGUGGAAGACGAGGCACGUGAUUUUAUAACAAUAUAUAAAAAGGAUUUCCCAUCGAAGAAAACUGGUAGACCAAAGGAAUACAGGCCACAAACCGAGUACUCUCCGCCUUUGAAUAAUUUAAAUGGCCCUUACAGGAAGUGUUUGAACACACAACGGCAAAAUGCUGCUCUUACCUUAAACGAACAAACCGAGGAUCCUCAACAAGUUUUAAACAGAAUUCGCAAGAAAUAUCCGCAUUUAAAGGAAUUUCUUUCGGAAGUUGUACCAGAUGAGGAUCUAAUCGAAAGAGAGGAGAACGAACUUAAACAAACUGUAUAUCAAAUGGAUUAUUCAAAAGGAGAUUAUUCACCUCGUGCGAAAACAUAUGGAAAAUGGAAAGACAUUCGUUUAGCGGAAAACUGGAUCAUAUCGGAAACGACCCAAAGGAACUCCUACAGAAACCCAUGGAAAAUAGCAACAGAAGACUUGAUACGGCUAAAGAAAGCAAAGAAACCUCCAGACAAUUUAGUACCCAAUAGAAAAGAAAGAGAAAUUCUUUGUAUAAGAACUGGAGAUUCAGAAUACGAUGCAACGAUAGGUGCUACCGGAAAUCGAGUAGUAAAAGAAUGUUUGUUUGGUCCACCGUUACCAAUUGAACCACAAACAUACACUAAAGGACCCGACAGUCCACCGUCUGAAUGCUCGGAAAUUUUGGCAGACAAGAAAUUUGUACUUCCUUCUAACAUAAUCUAA